UCUCACUCUCCCUGGUCCCCCCUCCUCCUUCCUCCUUCCUCCGGCCCUCCUCACCGCCCGCCCCCUUUCUCUCUGUCUCCCUCGUCUCUUCAUCUCCAGUCCGCUUGUGUUGUCUCGGCGGCUGGUCGGUGUAGGAGAGCGGAUCUCGCGAGUGUUGGAGUUUUGGUGAGAGUUUGUGGAAGAUGGCGCCUGUUGUGACAGGGUAAGUCCGAGAUUCAGCGCCUGGUGCUGAGACGGGAGCCAAACUGUUUCAUAAGAAGUUCGGGGAGCGCCCUCAACCACAGCGCCUGACGAGAGAAGCAAUGAGAAACUAUCUGAAAGAGCGAGGAGACCAAACCGUUCUCAUCCUCCAUGCUAAAGUUGCACAGAAGUCCUACGGCAAUGAAAAAAGGUUCUUUUGCCCUCCUCCAUGUGUGUAUCUUAUGGGCUGCGGCUGGAAGAAAAAAAGGGACCAGAUGGAGAGAGAUGGCUGCUCGGAGCAGGAGUCUCAGCCUUGCGCCUUUAUCGGCAUCGGGAACAGUGACCAGGAGAUGCAGCAACUCAACCUGGAGGGGAAGAAUUACUGCGCAGCCAAAACGUUGUACAUCUCAGACUCGGACAAGCGCAAGCACUUCAUGUUGUCGGUGCGCAUGCUCUACGGCAACAGCGCCAACAUCGGCGUCUUCCUCAGCAAGCGCAUCAAGGUCAUCUCGAAGCCUUCCAAAAAGAAGCAGUCGCUCAAGAACGCUGACUUGUGUAUAGCGUCUGGAACAAAAGUGGCACUGUUUAACAGACUACGUUCUCAGACAGUCAGUACACGCUACCUCCACGUGGAGGGCGGGAACUUUCAUGCCAGCUCACAACAGUGGGGAGCCUUCUAUAUUCACCUCUUGCAUGAUGAGGAAUCUGAGGGAGAGGAAUUCACUGUGCGUGACGGUUACAUUCACUAUGGCCAAACUGUCAAACUUGUCUGCUCUGUCACAGGAAUGGCCCUGCCACGACUGAUCAUCCGUAAGGUGGAUAAGCAGACGGCCUUGUUGGACGCAGACGAUCCAGUGUCUCAGCUGCAUAAGUGUGCCUUCUACCUAAAGGAUACAGAGAGGAUGUACCUGUGCCUUUCCCAAGAGAGGAUCAUCCAGUUUCAAGCCACUCCAUGCCCAAAAGAACCAAAUAAAGAGAUGAUCAAUGACGGUGCCUCUUGGACAAUCAUCAGCACAGAUAAAGCAGAAUACACCUUCUAUGAGGGAAUGGGUCCAGUCUACUCAUCCGUCACCCCUGUGCCUGUGGUUGAAAGCUUACAGCUGAACGGCGGAGGAGACGUAGCGAUGCUGGAGCUAACGGGGCAGAACUUUGCUCCAAACCUGCGUGUGUGGUUUGGGGACGUGGAAGCUGAGACUAUGUACCGGUGUGGAGAAAGCAUGCUGUGUGUUGUACCGGACAUUUCAGCGUUCCGUGAGGGUUGGCGGUGGGUGAGACAGCCAGUACAGGUUCCUGUAACACUGGUACGGAACGACGGCAUCAUCUAUUCCACCACUCUGAUGUUCACAUACACGCCGGAGCCGGGCCCGAGGCCUCACUGCAGCGCGGCUGGAGCCAUCCUGCGCUCCGCUAAUAACACCCCCAACACUGAAACACCAAAUUCUGUCACGGCAAACUCCUCCAACGCCACAGCCGCCGUGGUCUCGUAACACACGUAGUAGCACUCAAGAACUUAGUACGUGGGUGGAAAAACAAAAAACAAAACAACAAAAAAAACACCAACAAAACAAAAAACUACAGGUACAUUUCAACAAAGUGCUGCAUAUAAAUUUCAAAACUGAACAAUUUAUCUGGGCAACGUAAACACAAAGCCGAGGAAUGCGGGGAGUAAACAUGAACAGAGGGGGAAGUAAAGUGGUAUGGAGGCGAUGAGAUGUUUGGUGCUUGGUGAUGGACCUGAGAACACCUGCACCGGUCGACAUACAGAAGACAAGAGCAUCUGACCAGAGCAGUGAUGCAUUUAAGCAAGAAGUGCUACUCCACCUUUUAUUUGAAUUCCCUCUUUCUCCCCACACUUUCCUGAUUUGUGUUUGUGUGAAGGAGUAAAAUGGCUUAUCAUCUGUGGCUCGCUCUGGACUUAUGAGACGAGGGUCACGUUAAAUUUGUAAAUGAAACGUAGUUUUUAUGGACCAAGGUUAUUGUAUAAGCUUUAGUAAAGGUACAUUUUCCUCCAUACAUUUUUUUUUUUGGUAUCUAAAUACAUGGUAUGCUUUUGUUACCAAAUAGAUUCUGUUCCUACUCUGAGUUUUUACACAUUUUUUUCCCUUCAUUAGGGAUGUGGGCAAAACAGGGUGCUGUGGCCCUCUCUUGGCUUUUGUGUAUAGCUUUCUUUUUCCAUCCGUGUACGUAUAUCCUUUUCACGUUCGCUCCAACUUCAUUUUUGAUACUUCUCAAUUUUUGAUAUGGGACUUGUAUUUUCUUUCUUUCUUUUUUUUUUAAUUUGAAGUUGUUUUGCUUUGGGAAGAAACUCAGAGGGUCUAUUUUUAUUAUUGAUUUUUACAAAUUCUCUGAAAAGAACAAAAAAGCUUUAAGCAACGCCUCUGCCUUGUCUGCAAUAUGACGUGCAUAUGCUUCCUUUAAGGGUUUUAUAAUAGUGUGUGUUUGGGGAUCGCAGGGGGAUCAGCGAGUUCUCUCUUCCUCCUGUUCCAAACAGCGAAACCAGAAAACACCAGUCGCAAUACAGAGGCGUGGAACGAGCGUGUCCGCUAAACCGUAGCCGUUCAGUACCGAUCGUUUCGAGCGUACGCAAAACGCACGAUGAUCUGAAGCAGCGCUGCUGCGUUUCGAUGCUGUUACCAUCAGAGUGUCAUUAAGUCUGGACCGGACAGAUUUUCUUUCAGCUUGUGCUCUGAAAUUGUGCCGUCUCCUAAAACGUUUUUUGAAAUUCCUUUUGUCUUCCUGAUUUUUAAUUUUGCUAAUAUGUCAAAAAAAAAUUUUGUUACAAAAUGACUGGAUUAUUAUUAGAAUAAGUAAUAUUCUUCCAUUAGACGUGGCCUUACUGUAACAACACAUUUAGUUCAAGUGCAGUUCACACGCUAAGACUGUGGCCUGUGACUGUGAACUCUUGAGCUCAGCCUUGUGUGGUUUUUUUUUAAUCUUUCUUUAUCUUGAUAGUCGCUAACGAGGCUGUUUAAAGUUCAGACUCGACACCCUUAACUUGUGCAUGUCGUCAACUUUUAGAUGCUCUCACGUUAACAUACCCAAAGAUGUCGUGACACGUAGGUCGUUUCCGUUUGUGGAAUUUUUUUUUUUUUUUUGAAGAGUGUGUUGGCAGCCGUGGCCUCUCGUACACCAAAAGUAGAGCUUUACUUGCGUCACUUCUCGAUUUGUUCCUCGUGGCCUUGCUAACACACUAAUGUAUAUGAAGAUUAUUAAUGCCAGCUAGGAGAAACUAACAAAUCAGCCUGUUGUAGUUUUGUACAGUAGAUUAACUUAUGAGGAGCAUCACUAUGCUUCCUUUUUCUAUAAAACGAUUUGUAUUUCGUCAUGUCUACGGCUCGUAGCCUAGCAACUGUGGUACCUGUUUUCGGAGCAAUUUGGCAUGUGGUGACGAGACGAGAGAAGUGUCCAAUAGAGGUUUAAUGCCCUUUAGAUCUAUGUUUGUUGUUCAAAGACGUAUGCAUACAGCAAUAUUGUACAGAUUCUGUGUCCUGGUCUGUGGAAAUAACUGACUUUCACCAGCCUGAUCCACUUUCAGUGGAUAUGAUCAACAGAACCCUCAUCUUGAGUUCACUUUGCCCGUCGCUUUACUUUCGACUAAUAUGGCGUCUGAUUUUUAGAACGGUAAGACGACUCCGAAGGACGGUCCAAACCCGACAUAUCGAAUCUAAAACCAACAGAAACAUUUUCAAAGGUUUGUGUUUCGGACUACGAGUUUACUAGCAAAGAAAAUGCGAGUCAGUUUGUGUUGUUUGUCCUUUCCUGACUGGAACUUUAAGUUAAAAAGGUGUACUAAAGGACAGCGUACUUCCUUUGCUUUCCAUUUGCUUUUUUACUAAUAUGAAAAGUAGCUUUAAAGUCGAAUAUUGUAUUUUUAAAUUAUUAAUGAACUCGCCUCCUUGUUUAGUGUGGCGUCACCAUUGAAGUGCUUUAAGGCCAGCUUGCUUCCGAGUGGAAAAUAAAAUCCCCUUCAUAUUUGAUUUUACUGAAGAAAUGAAAAAUGGCCAUCGAUCCUGGGUUUAUUUUUCUCAGCUGUUUGAAGAUGCUCAAAACAGUUCAGCCUGGAUAAAAUAUUCUCCAAAAGCUCCAUGUCUCGAUUCAGUGAUCACCUGAAGCAGUGGCAGCAAGUUUCAUGUUUUUGCUCUCCAAACAGGCAUAUGUGACAAUCCUAGCUGUUUUUUGCUGUUUACAUUGACUCCCCCCCACCCCACCCCACCCCACCCCCUAUGUUUUGCUGUGCAGCUUUAGUAUGAAGGAAUUUUCUAGAAAAGAUUUGGGACAUUCCACCGAAUGGGUGCCAUUUGCUUGCUGUACCACUCCCAAAUUAAACUUGUUAUAUCUUUUCAACACUGAUUAUAAUAACACACAUAUUUAACUAUUCAAAAUGUGUAUUGGUCAACCUCAGGCUACAUUAUUUAUUUUUUUUACAAGGUUUGGAAGUCAAAGAUGGCUGCAUACUCUUUAUAUGAGUAACAGGACUGAAAGUAACAGGACUGAGUUUUUAGCCUAGGAUUAGCUAAUACAUGGAAUUAAGCCACAUGGCGUCAUCACUAAUAGCAUGACCACACUUAGCACAUUCUAGUGAUUUACCAAAAAUCUGUAUUUUUAAAAUAAACAAAUAUCAUCUAAGAAAUAAUUUAACUAACAGGACAGUAUGUUGACAUUGACCUUAUCAGUCAAAGUUAAAAAAAAUCAUCAAAUAUACAGAAAAGUAAAUGAGAGAACUAACUUUUGGUCUUCCCAUGGCCUUCAGAAGACACAACUGAUGUAACUUCCUGUUGAGCAUGUGAUUUAUGGAAUGUUCCAAAUUUGUCAGAUGGGGUAAUAUGUUUGGGUAACAGGACUGAGUGAAAACCCAGGGACACAACUAAAAUGUCUAUUUUAACCAGGGCUUUGAACCGGAAUUUUUUUCCUAUUGGUUCGUUCCGAACAGAAACGGAAUUUUAACGUUUCCGGUUUUGGGUUCCACCAUUAAAUAGACGUUCCCGAACCGGUUAGAACAAAAAAAUUUCGUUCCCGGAACGGUUCAUUACGUUCCCUCUCAGCUGUUUAACAAAUGGCUAUAAAAUUAUGUCUCUGUCUCAUCCAGCUUAAGCCAAAUGUAGGCUAAUUCUAUUACAACCUUCAUUAAAUAAGACAAUAAAUAAUUCAAAACAAUUAUUAUUUCAAAUGUUGGCGAUUUGGAUUCUCAGUAUGUCUUCCCAUCUACACAAACAGAAAAAGUGCCAAAAAUGAAAGAGAAUUCGUUUAGUGUGUUACCAAAGGCUAGUCAGGCCCUAUAGAGGGCUACCGCAUGACGUCACCGCGCCGCGAGAUUUUGUUAGGCGCCAUAUUGGAAGACCAAGUACACAUCUAUGCAAGUACAUACAUUCAUAAACUACAGCUGAAAUGUAGCCAGGGCCGGUUCUGCCCUAAUCUGGACCCGGGUGCAACAUCGCGCAACCCCCCCCCCCAAAAAAAACAGUCUAAAUCAGGACAACCAUCACAUAACUAUAACUAUAAACAUUUUAUAUCAACUAUUUUAACUAAAUGGGCUAUAAUAAAUAAGCCUGCAGGCAGCCACGGCGGGCUGCCUCAGAAAAGUAACCAUUUGUCCUACCUUAAAACUCGUUUUGCAUUUUCUGCCUCCUUUUUUGUAUUUUCGACCCUCCGUUUAUUUUCUUUCCUUUUCUGAAAACCCGAUUUGUGUCCAGACAUUUUGUUCUGCUACCAACGAACUAACUCGUCAGGUCUCGUCUCUCGAGCCCGCGAUGAUUCCCGUGGGAAGGGCAACAACUGAUACAUUUUUACAAACAGCCAAUAGGGAGGUUGCAACGUUCAGGCUCUUCUUUGCUCAGACACUCAGUAAUGCACUUACUCACUAGUAGUUCACCUUCCCGCUCUCUCCAUUCAAUCAGCGAACGUCACACAGGAAGUGAACCCCAGCGGGUCAUAGAAACUUGCGCAGGAGAAGAAUGACUAUUUGUAGGCUACAGAAACUUUGAGGAACGAAAUAAAAACCGGUAUUAACCGGUUACCAUUAUUUUUAAUAAGCGUUUCUGUUCCGGAACAUAAAAAAUAAUAAAGUUUCUGGUUUCGUUUCUGUUCCAUGUGAAAUAGAAAAAGUUCCCGGUUUUCGUUUUCGUUCCUUGAACCGGUUCAAAGCCCUGAUUUUAACUAAGAUAUUGUGGAUUUCUUAUGAAAAAAAAAAUAUUUAAACCAUGGAUAGGAUAUGGAGUCACACAACAGUGCAAAAGAAAUACUGUUUCUGAAGGAUUUUAAUCAGAAUAUUUCAUAGUUAAGUAUAAAGUUAGAGUGCGGGGACAGGUAACACAUGCUAUUUUUCAGUGUUUUAGGUAGUUUUUAUUAAUCCUUACAAUUAUAUAUCUUAAAUUUGAAACCAGAUCAAUGUGCAGGACAUUCUGCGUAAUAAGGAAAUGUAUUUUAAAGUACAUUUUUAUGUGCAUUUAUACAUAUAAUUUUCUAGGGACGGAAAUGGCACCGAUUCGGUGGAAUGGCUCAUACACUGAACUCGGAUGUGCUUCACUUACCAAGUUGAAGCAUGAAUAAUCUAACAAAGCAUCUUUUACGUAUCUAUUACGUAGCAUCUUUACGUAUCAGAGAGAUCCACAUGUACAUGUGUUUUAACAACGUUGCAUAUCAACAGCACAGCAGUGAAAUGUUCCAAUCCGCUUCAUCCCAACUUCAGUUACAUUUACAUAGUACAAGCUGCAACCAAGCGCAGAAUAGCCGUCUGCUUUAUUAUUUUUGUCUCUGUGACAGCUUUGAUGGUCCAGUAGUAACAUUUUUCAUGUCCCCUCACUUCAUUUUCCAUGUUUGACUUGGCUCUUCUAAAUGCAGCUGGUUUUUUAUGAGCUCUGAUGGAUGUGUGUGUGAGUCUUUGUCCUCUAAUAUGCCAAAUGAUUUUUUUUUUUAAGACUUUGACUUUCAUGCACUGCCCAAGAAAAAUAGCACCAGAGGCAGCUUUGUGGGAAAAAAAAAAACUUUCAUUGUAGUAGAAGAUGAGUUGUAAAAGCAAGUUGAACUUCUUUGUAACACAAAGCAUUACAAUUUCAAUCAUGAUAAAUAACAUGCAAAGUCUCUCUCUCUCUCUCUCUCUCUCUCUCUCUCUCUCUCUCUCUCUGUCAGAACAGACAGACUGCACACCUCAUUUUCCUUCUUCAUCUCUUUGUGGGUUUUCUCUGUGAUACUUUUGCACUUAUUCCUUGUACCUACAAAGAAUCUCAUUUCUCUUGUUCCUUCUUGCUGACUGUUGUGUGCCCAGUUCUACAGUUGUGUCUGCGUGCGCGGAAAUCCUAGCUUACAUCUGCAUAAUACUCCCCUUCUUACACAAGUACAAGCCCCAUCUCUCUGAGUGUGUUGUUCUAGUGAUAAGCCGAGGCGUUGGUAUGGUAGUGGUAUCAGUCCUGCCAGUAGGAUUCUGUGCCGUCUGUGAUAUUUUAGCAAUAACAUGAAUCAUGGGGGCAGGGUUUUUUUUUGUGUAUGUAGAAUAUUAGUUUCAGUUGUCUGUCUGUCUGUCUGUCUUGUUUUUUUUGUGCAUAUUGCACCUGCUCAGUUUCAUAUGUCAUUAAAGGAAUAAACCAACCUGCAAUAUUGCCAUAAAAAUCAAGAAAUUAAAAAAAAACUGAAAAAUA